CUAAGUCACUCCGCCCCGUCAAACCCAAAAAUAAGUUUGGAUGGACACAUACAAUUAAAUAUGAAAACUAUGGAUUGUUCAACUACUCCUCCAAAAGAUCAUAAACUUUGUCUUCAUGACCAACACCAUCAGAAGCCAAAACACACAAUCUUUACUAAGAUUAUCUCAAAUGAAUUAACUUUUUCAUCCCAAUAUGUUGUUUGUUAUUCUUAACAUAAGCACUCUUGGCAAAAAAAUAAUAAUAUUAUGAUUGUACGCAGACUCCAUCAAUUGAACAUCAAGGUCGCAUUCCUUAUCAGGAAGUUGGGGUUUAAGGUAUCACCUGAAUUUUGGGAUGAAUGUUAUUUCUUUCGCCUAUGAGUUAGCAUCCAUUGCUAUGUUGAUUCUGAAAUGUAAUUUCUUAUUAGCCACCAAUAGACUAAGUUUGAUGUCUCAUUACCUAACCCUAACGUGCAUUUAUUUUCUCCAAAUGCGCCCAUGAUGGAUCUUAUGGUAAAAGCAUUCACCCAGUCGUGCUCCCCCAAGCCUUGUUCUUGCUUACUAAUAAAAAUUUGGGAUUUAUCACUUGAGACGUAUUAGGUUGCGAUAGCCUUUAUGUUUAAUUGCCUUCUUGUUCUGUCCCUUGGUUUUGCAGAUUUCCACCUCGUUGUUUUUUCCCCCUGCUUUUUCUAUAUUAACUUUUCAAUGAUAAUGUUAUUCAAACCAUUAAUGACAAUGUGACAUCACUUUAAUGAUUCUUUCAUAUGUGUGGAUGACGAAAAUGUAAAUCAUUAACGAUUGAACUAAAAUCCGCAAUGAUGAAACGCAACACAUUGAUAAGUAUAUUGAGAUCAUAUAUAAUGAUGUGGCACAUUAGUAAUAACUCAUUUCAUAAACGUUGAUAAUAUCAUUGCAAGAGUGAAAAUUUUUAAUCUCAAAUUUAUAUUUUAAAAUAUUAAACAUUAAUUUUGAAUUUCCAUUAAGCAUUAAAUAAGAAUAUUUUUGCAUUAAUUCAAAUUUCUAUUUAAUUAUAUUAAUUGGUUUUUAGAUAAUAUCCUAUUUGUCCUUUUAUUUUGUUAUCCCUCACUCUUCUUAGGGCUCGUUUGGCAGCACAAAAAUAAAACGAAACAUUUUGGGAUGGGUUAAUUGUAAUUGCUUCAUUAUGGUUGAAUCUGAAAUACCUGGGUGGGGGGCAGACAAUCUACUUUGACGCGUUUUUGGGCCCCCUUUCCAAUUGUGAACUUCGUUAUUUUCUUCCUCUCUCUUCCCCGAGACAACCUUUACUCUUCUCCUCUUUCCUCUCUUUCUCUGGUCUUCUUUCUUUCUUCCUUUUUUAUCCAGCGGCGAUAACAAGCUCACUAAUCUUCUCUCUUCCGAAAUUGCGAAAGGUCAGUUCGGGAGCCAUUGUUGAAUCGCUCGAUUCGUGAGCCACCUCCGCUGACUCGCUCGAUCCGCGCUCUAUUGGUGGCGACGGUGAUGCAGAUGCAGAGGACGGCAACGAUGGUGCUGCAAAGCAAUCCAGGUGGCCGAUAGUUGGGGCUGGGUGGAGAAUGGGAAAAUCAUAGCCAAACAUCGCAACGGUGAAAUUGGCCUGCUUUCUUUCUCUCCUUUUCUCUGUUUUUUUCCGUUUCUAUAUAAGCUUUUGGAAAACGAAGAUCCCAUCUAAUGGAGGGUGAAGUCUGGCGACAAAGAGGAAGAGUGAAGUCUGACGGCGAUGAGGGAAGAGAUGACAUGGGUUCGUUGUCUGAUUGGGUUUGUGAUUUGGAAUAUUUGGAAAUAAUGAGAGUUCUGCAUGUAAGUAAGUGGUGGGUCAAUAUGCUACCUGCGAACAGCCAUUGUUCCUCCUGAGCCGUGGUAAUUCUGGAUUCUUCCUAUUUUCCGUAGGUUUUGCAAUUCAGUCAAGCUGAUUUGGUUCAGAUUUUGGAUGUUAUAUUGUAUGGGGGUUGGGUUUAUUUUCUGUUGCUUCGAUUCAGUGAAACUCCGGUUCUGUCAAGCUUUGAUUCGGGGGAAAAUAUGAUUGCUUGGUGGGUGAGCAUUCUACCUGGGUUUGGGGUUGUUUUCCAAUGCUCUGUUUCUCAAAGGGUAGUCUGUGUGCGAUUUGGGGAGCAUUCUAUGCUAAGCAUAAAGAGGAAGAUGUAGAAGGAGGGUAAGAAAACAAGGGCAAAAGUGUAUUUUCAGUAAAUGUCUCAUGUCAAUGGUCUCAUCUGAAAUAACAAGCAAAACAAGACAAUUUGAAACAAAUAUACCAUACAAUUGUCUCAUUUUGUAAAUGAGACAUUUACACCAAAUUGUCUCAUUUUGGAAAUGCUUCAUCCAAAUGACUCCUUAGUUCUUUCUCUUUUCCUAUUCAUCAAGAAUAACUUAAAAAUAUUCUUUAAAUAGACUUUAAGAUCAAGAUCCAACCUGCCUCCACCCAAACCGUCCUUCCCUUCCCCUAUCGUCUCUGGAAACUCCACCUCCGGUCACAUCCUUCAGCAGCGGCCCCCAAAUGUCUUCGUUUCUCUGUUCACUCCUUCCAUAACUUUGUCAGUUUCGGCGGUGUUGUUUCACUUCGGUCGUUUGUUGAUCUGACGUCAUCGUCAUGAUGGCCAUAUCCGAGAAUUGUCGUUCAUAUUGGAUCUCCCAUCCAAUCCCCUAAGACCAUCCACAAUGUGGGAGGUAGGGAAAUGUGGGAAAAGAGAGGAAAAGGGAGGGUUUGUUCACAAUGUGGGGGUGGGAAAAUGGUGUAAUUGGUUGAACACUUUUUUUGGUCAAAUCAAUCUAUAGUUGAUUUCAAUGCAUUAUUUUUAUAUAAUGAUAAUUAUUUUUACAUAGUUAAUGAUAAUUAAUUAAUACGAAAAUUUCGAUAUAUUUUUUUUUAAUUUGGACAUAAAGUUUUUUCAUCACUAAUUAACGUCAUUAAUGACGAAAUAACAAUAAUUUACACAAGACAAUUGUGACAUUAAUAAUUGACAUAAACAUAAUUAAAAGAAAUAAAAACAAACAAACACUAAACCCUAAAAACAAACACUAAACCACUAGGGUCAUCACCACAUGCCUGAAACCAGGGGACUCUGCCUAUCAGAAGAGCAGACAAUCACAACUGUCUUCAGGAGACCUAGGAUUGGUCCAGGCUACCGUUUCGUUGACAAAAUGACAGAGCCAUACAGGCUAAGCCGCAUAUGUGAAGUCACAGCAAUUCUCAUAUUGUAUGGUCUUCCCAGGUUGUUGACAGGUUCCAUCCUAGCUCAUGAAAUGAUGCAUGCUUGGCUUCGCCUGAAAGACGCGAGGGUCGUUUCACGCUCGCCAUGAUCGGAAACUACGCGUUCGACCCCAACCGACCCGGAUUCCCCUGCCCCUACGUCUCCCCUGUUUCAGGGCUCUCAUCGUACGCCAAAGUCAGAUACUCCCCCGGAUGCGCCGGCGUCCGCUGCCCGGACAAGAACAUGAUCGCCCACGCAAGGAAGACAGCCAGAGCGACCGACGCGACGGUGAUCGUCGCCGGUAUCGACGUCUCCGUCGAGACGGAAGGGCUUGACAGGAACGAUCUCCUGCUUCCCGGGUACCAAACAGAGCUCAUUUUCGCCAUCUCAUCCUCCAACGUCCCUCCUUCCAUGAAUCGUAUUUAAUAGAAUUGGUAUUUUAGUCUUUAAUUCAUUUUUACCUGAGGUCCAAUUACUGGAGAUGCAACUUCAUCAACCGGUUCAAGCAUGAGCUGAAGCUGCAGAGGCUCGAGUCGUUCCUGCGCAGCAGAGAGUUACCCGACGACUGGCUUUGUUCGGCCGAUCCUGCAUUCAAUGCCCCUCCGUUAAGAAUUAAAACUCCAUUUAUUGGAGGUAUUCGUCCGUUUUGGACGACUAAAGCUUCAUUAUGAGCUUUUAAAUCAUCAUUCAUUUGAUGUUAUUAGGGGAAUAAUUCCCUAUUCAUGUGGGCCAGCUCAAUUAUUUUCUUUGUUAACCUUUUGAUUGGAAGCUACCGACAUCUAAUUUAUUUGAUGGUAUAUUUGGUCUUCCAAAUUGGUUUAAUAGAGAUUAUCUUAAUUA